AUGGCAGGGUAUUGCAAAAAGCAUUCGCCCUGUGCGAGGCGUCUUUUCUCGAACUCGUCCGAUUCAUUUCCUACCGACAGCCCUCCCCCACAGUUGCCAAUCGAUUCGACAAAUGUACAACAAACUUCGCAACCUCCUUCUCCACCAACAAUCUCAGAGCCACCCGGAAUCCUUGGUUUGCGGAGAAGUGAAGCAUUGAUAUAUCAUGCCCUGAGAUCAGAACUGCCGCCGGAAGUUCCCAUAAACCCAAGAGCGUACUUGGCUGCGAGACGAAACCAACACCCGAAUUACAGAGACUUGUUCACGUUCUUCCACAAUGUUUUUGGUUACGUCGAGGGAACAAAGGGUUUAAUGGUUAUUCUGUCGAACCCGAACGCAGAUAUGCAAAUCUUUGGCGGGGGUGGUCUACGGGAUUCUAUCGAAGAUAACUUAGAAGCUCCGGGUGUCAGACGGCUUAUCAGUUUGCUGCAAGACGAUUCUAUUCCCACCAAGGUUGUUUUUCGAGCAUACAGAUGUCUUCCGUCACCUAGAGUCUCCUACCUCUCCUUCUGGAACCGGAAAAAGCUGCUUCACCGUUUCGCAAACGCUCGCCGAAGACAUCCUAACGACUCGUUGCGUUAUCUUUCCGUCAUCGAGGACAUGUGCAGUGCUGGUCUCCCACUUAAGAUGUCUCUUUGGACAGCUGCAGUUACGCUCGCCGCAAAAAGCUCCGACAAGGUGUCGAGAAAAUCCUUCCAGUCUGCCCUGGGUUUAUGGCGGCGAAUGGAAUACGAAGGGAAAGCGGAAAGUAACAGUGUUGCAUUCAAUAUCCUUUUCGACCUGGCUAUAAAAGCAGGGCAAUUCAACGUCGCAGAAAAAAUUGUUUUAGAAAUGCACAAUCGCGGCGUCGAUUUCUCGCGUUUCGGAAAGGUGGCGCGGAUUUUCUACUGGGGACUACGAGGGGAUGCCAACGGAGUCCGGCAAGCCUAUCAUGACUUUGUCAACGCGGGACAGAUUGUCGACACGACGGUUUUGAAUUGUGUAAUGUCUGCCUUAAUCCGCACAGGACACAUAGGGCUUGCUGAGAAGAUGUAUGACAAUAUGAAAAAUGCUCACCUCAAACUCAUCGAAAGUCCGGACGACUCUCACGCAGCACUGCCACCACUACCAUCAGACAAUUACCUUGCUUAUCGGCAGGCAAAUAAGUACCGGAGCCGGAUUUAUAGCAUGGCAUCUUACCUUCAUGAUAAGCUGCCGAAACACCAUCGUGCGAUACAAGCAGCUGUGCCAUUAAUACCUGACUCGAAGACGUUCCAUAUAUUUUUAUCAUACCACGCAUUUGUUUCUGGAGACCUAGAAAAAUUUCUCACAUUCUUACAAGAUUUGGAAAAUACAUUCAAACUGCCCCCGCAAGGGAUGGUAUAUCUAUUUUUGUUUGAAGGAUUUGCAAGACACGGUGCCACAAAGGAUUCUCACUGGAAUUACCGACGACUGACGUGUGCAUGGGAGGCAUUCUUGCGUGACCUGAAGGUUUCAGAAGAGGAGGACUUUCCGCGGGUUCGAGAAAGAAUUUCCAAACUCGAGUGGAAAGCACCGUUAAGCCCAGACCAACUGGAGUCUCUGAAUACUUUAGACGAAAGCGAUCAAGAAGAUUCGACCCAUUUAGAUUAUGAUUUGGAUGAGGAUGACCCUUUAGGUGUCAAAGAGGUCCUCACACUCCGUGCUGAGGAUUUCGACAUCAUAGGAGAUGAGGAUCCUGAAGAAGGCGAGGACCAUUUCAACGCACGCGGAGUCUUCCUUGGCCGGAAACUUGUGAUUGCGAUCCUCCAGGCACACUUUGCCUGUGGUGGCCCCAAGGCGAUAGUACCACCGAGCGCUCAAUACUAUGGCGACGGAAUGAAACACCAGCGCGUUGAUGUCGACUUUACCCUGCGGCGCGUCUUUGGAAAGAAAGCUUUUCGGCCCCUCCAACGGGAAGUCAUCCAAGCGGUGAUUGAAGGCCACGAUGUCUUCCUCCAGGCCGCCACGUCAUUUGGAAAGAGUAUAUGCUAUCAACUACCCGCAGUUAUCUCACAUGGGAUCACGAUCGUGGUCUCGCCACUUUUGUCACUAAUGGUCGACCAAGUAUCUACCCUUGAAGCAAAUGGUAUACCCGUCGCGACAAUCAAUUCAACUACUCCUCAAUCGAAACGUAAAGCGAUUACCGCAGACAUACUCUCCGGUCACCCUAUUAUCCGUCUCCUUUACGUAACCCCAGAAUAUUGUCAAACAGAAGCAUUCAGAAAACAUGUCAAACAGGUGCAUUCUCAAGGGGAACUCAAUCGAAUUGCAAUCGAUGAGGCACAUUGUGUCAGUGAAUGGGGUCAUGAUUUUCGGCCUGCGUAUAAAGCGUUGUCCUGGUUUCGACGAGAACUACAAAAUCCCACCGUCCCAAUAACAGCACUAACAGCAACCGCAACUAAACGAGUUCGCGACGAUAUCAUUUCUUUGCUUGGUCUGGACCCGACCACUUUGAGAAAAUUCUGCACGUCUUCUGCACGCCCUAAUAUUCACUAUGAAGUCAGAUAUAUUCCAGAACAUUCCUACGACUCUGAAGAGCCGGUGAUAGAUCGAACACAUGACCUUCUUUCCUGGUUGAAAGCCAUCCAUGAUCGCCGUAUUGCUAGAUUCGCAGCGCAAACUCAAGGUCCAAACGACCAGGUCAAACCUCAGCCACCCCCAAUGUCUGGAAUUAUAUAUGUCCCUGUGAGAGCCAUGUCCAGUGACCUCGCGGAAAGGCUCUCCGCCUCUAUCAGCCCCAAAAUAAAAGCUGUUGCUUACCAUGCCGGUCUCCCAGCAAGUGAGCGUGCUAGUAUACAAACCGUGUGGACGGCUCCGUUUAAGACUCGCUCAAAAGAUGCUGGUAAAUCGGAGCAUCCGGCUUUUUACAUCGUCGUUGCAACCAAUGCAUUUGGCAUGGGAAUUGACAAUCCACAGGUCCGAUUCGUCGUCCACUGGACCCCACCACGUAGCUUCGAAGGAUUCGUCCAGGAAUCUGGCCGUGCGGGACGAGACGGCCACGCAGCAGUGUCCUUGGUGUACUACAGCCCAGAAGAAAGGGAACGCGUCAUCGAACGCAUUUUGCGCGAUUGCAACGCCGGGAUGCUGGACGCUACCAUGAUUAGCGCAGGGUUGCCCAUGGUAGACGACACAGCAGCCGACCACAAACGCGCGUACGACAAUCUCAGCGAAGAGAUGAAGAACAAGUUCCGAAACCGGCAUACCGUGCUAGAGAGUUUUGAAAAAGUAGUCCGAUACUGCGAGGAUACUGCUCGUUGCAAACAUGAGAUCAUCCGGGAAUUCUCUGGGGAUCUGGAGCUUGAAACAUCCGAGCCAUCAGGGCAGCGUUUCCCAGGUGAAGUAUCUGGAACAACAGGGCCUGGUUGUGAUUACGCUUGUGACUUUUGCAAGGAAGGCCCCAAGGCUUUGGAUAGGAAAAAACAAAGUAUCGCUUAUGGCCUCCAUCGUUAUCCGGCUCAGAUUGGCAAUGAGUCGGGUAUACACGCACGUACCUACGAAGACGGAAACAGGUUAUCAUGGCUGCGUGUUUUGGCUAACAUGUACGGUAUAUAA